CUAACUCUGACAUUCGCGUGCACAGUUGUGUUGUGGCGGUUAUUUGUAGCAAAACAAAGGACUUCGUCUAAAACUUACUAAACAUCGUCGUCACUGAAAUAUCUACUGACUUAUACUGAUGUCCGCGUGUAUCUGUGUGAGUUUAUGAAUAGACGUCCAUUAAACUGUCGUUUGGGUUUCUUAAAAAUGUUUAACAGCAGCACAGAGGAGGUGACCCCUGGUAGUGACACCCCAGAAUGUAGACAGGCCUGCGGGGUCUCGUCCUCAGUUGACAGAAGCGGAUUCAAUGAAACCACUUCGUAUGGACCCGCAUCGGCUUCAUCUGGUUCAUCACACCACAGUUUAGAUGCAGGGAGUACGAGCUCCAGCCAUGGUCCAACACUCCCCCGAAUACCCUCAGGUCAGUUCCCUCACAGCUUCAGGUUAGGCUGUACAAGUUCAUCUGUCCUCGCAUCUACUUCAGACAGCACACCCAUCUACAGCCAUGGAGGAACACCAAGUCACAGGAGGACCUUGGGAUCAAACCCUGCACGGACACCGCUUACUGAUCAUACUGCUACUACAUCUUCAUCUUCUUCAGCCGCAACCUCUGGGGCCUCAGUGGUUGUGGCUGUGGUUGAAGGGCGUGGAUUGGCCAGGGGAGAGAUCGGCAUGGCCAGUCUCAACUUGAAAUGUCCUGAGCUUGUACUCUCUCAGUUUGCAGACACUGGAACAUAUGCCAAGGUUAUUACCAAGAUUCAUAUCUCAGUGCCACUGGAAAUACUGAUGCCGGACACAGCAAGUGAGAAAGGGAAGGGGACAAAGCUGUUCAACCUCAUCACAGAGAACUUCUCGGGAGUUGCUUUCACCGCUGUCCAAAGGAAGUAUUUUAAUGAAAGGAAAGGACUGGAAUACAUUCAGCAGCUGUGCGCUCCAGAAUUUGGCACCGUCCUCAUGGAAGUGCAAGCUAAGUAUUACUGCCUAGCAGCCGCAGCUGCUCUGCUGAAAUAUUUAGAGUUCAUUCAGAACUCUGUCUACGCUGCAAAGUCCCUCAAAGUGAGUUUUAAAGGGAGUGAACAGACAGCAAUGAUCGACUCAGCAUCCGCCUCCAACUUGGAAUUGGUCGUCAAUAACAGAGACCACAGAAGUGACCACAGUCUUUUAGGGGUACUUAAUCACACCAAAACACCGGGUGGUGCUAGAAGAUUGCGCUCUAAUAUUCUGGAGCCUCUGGUUGACGAGGACACCAUCAACAUACGUUUGGACACCAUACAAGAGCUGCUGCAGGAUGAGGAGCUCUUCUUUGGCCUCAAGAAUGCCAUCGGUCAUUUCCUUGACAUCGACCAGCUGCUGUCUGUUCUCGUCCAAAUCCCGAAGCAGGAAACGGUUCAGGUUGCUGAAGCAAAGAUUACACAUGUCAUUCAGCUGAAACACACAUUGGAUCUGGUGCCAAGGCUAAGGAUGGUGUUAAAGAACUGCAACACAGCUCUGCUCAAAGCAUACAGCACUUCACUUGAAGACAACAGGUUUGACAUGAUCCUGCAGCAGAUCAAAACAGUGAUUAAUGAUGACACUACCUACCUGAAGGGGAGCCUGAACAUGCGCACGCAGAAGUGUUACGCCGUCCGCCCCAACAUCAAUGAGUUCCUCGACAUUGCGCGUAAAGCUUACACUGAGAUAGUAGACGACAUCGCAGAGUUGGUGAACCAGAUUGGGGAGAGAUAUGGUUGGCCAAUGCGCACCAGCUUCAGCACAGCUCGAGGUUUCUUCAUACAGAUGAAGCUUGAAGGAGUGGUGCUGGCAGAGGGGAAACUCCCUGCAGAGUUUAUCAAGGUAUCCAAGCAAAAGAACAACUACAGCUUCACUACUGCUGACCUGAUGAAGAUGAAUGACCGCUGUGAUGAGGCCCUGAGGGAGAUCUUUCACAUGUCUUACGUGGUGAUAUGUCAGCUGCUGAGCACCAUCCACCAGCACAUCCACUGCCUCUACAAGCUCUCUGACGCCGUCUCCAUGCUGGACAUGUUGCUAUCACUGGCUAACGCAUGCACCAUCUCAGACUACGUGCGUCCAGAGUUCACAGACACACUAGCCAUCAAGCAGGGACGUCACCCCAUCCUGGAGCGAAUAGCCAGGCAGCAGCCUGUGGCGAACAAUAGCUUCAUCUCCGAGGGCAGCAACUUUGUCAUCAUCACAGGACCCAACAUGAGUGGCAAAUCCACCUACCUCAAACAGGUGGCGCUGUGUCAGAUCAUGGCUCAGAUAGGCUCGUUCGUCCCCGCUGAGUACGCCUCUUUUCGUGUUGCCGAUCAGAUUUUCACCAGAAUUGGUGUCGAUGAUGAUUUUGAAACCAACUGCUCCACCUUCAUGUUGGAAAUGAAGGAGAUCUCCUACAUAAUUCACAAUGUAAGUGACCGGUCCCUAAUCAUCAUAGAUGAAUUGGGGCGUGGUACCAGUGCUGAGGAGGGCAUUGGCAUCUGUCACUCGGUCUGUGAGUUCCUCCUUAGCCUGAAGGCGUUCACCCUGUUUGCCACACAUUUUCUUGAGCUGUGCCAAUUAGAGUCCCUUUAUCCCAACGUGGAGAACCAGCACAUGGAGGUCCAGCACAUACGCAGUGGCGACACUGGCGCUGAAGGUGUGGUGUACACAUUCCUGCUGAAUCGAGGAUGCUCUGAAGAAAGGCACUACGGUCUGAGAGCAGCUGAGAUGACUGCACUUCCUUCAGACAUAAUUCAGGAAGCUAAAACAGUCGCGUCAAAAGUCAGCCAGCAGCUUUUGGCCAAACACCAGAGUGAUCCGGAAACGCUGAGGCAGAGAGCUGUGUACCACCUGGCCACCCGCCUCCUGCAGACUGCCAGGAACUCCAGACUGAACCCCGACAGCCUGCGUAUGUAUCUGAAAGGCCUGAAGAAGCAGUAUGAGGCAGAGCUGCAGGCGGCAGGGCAGGCAGCGUCUACUGACACAGCGGAGGAAUGACUGAGUCAGCCUUACAGAGGGGGAAGGCAGUGGGGAGAGGCAGUGAUACAUUUAGAAGACAAGAUCUUUGCCUAAUGAUCACUAUUUGUCUUAACUAUUUAGCUAAUGUUUAUACUGAGAACUUAAUAAUUUAUUCAAAUUCAAGUGACAAUGGGUUUCUUUUUUAAAGUACUAUUAACUAAGAGUAUCAUUAAUGAAACUAACAAGAAAAACUAGAUUGUCAAAAACCUUUUCAUUAAUUGAACAAUAAAAACAAAGAUGUACAAAGAAGAGAACUGAAACUGUGUUAUGAGACCAAUAUGAAAGAAAAUAGAAUUAUAGAGAAAGUGUUUUCAGUUUGUCUGUCAAUUACUUUAACAAGCCCAGUGAGUGACAUAUUUUACAGUUUGUCUUAAUAAGUGGGUGGCUGCAGUUGUUCAUCUUUAGUACUUGCAUACAUUUUCAAAAUGGUCUGAUGUUUUGAGUUUUUACUAAACUGUGCUUUUCUUCACACCUUUAUGUCUUGCAUCUGACCUUUGUCCCACAAGUUCUGAAAAAUACCCAAAGUAAAAGUAACACUUAAACUAAUGGAAACUUAACUAAACAAAGCAUUUGAAACAAAUAAUGACUAAACUUACCAACCAGUAUUACAAAACUCUAACUUAAAUUGAGUCGAAACAAAAAAAAACUUGAUAAAUUCAGAACCUUGCUGUCAACCAUUGUGAUUCAUUGUGAGUUUAUUUGGAAAUGUCAUGUACAAUUUUCCUGCUAAUCUGUGAAAUAAACACUGUUGCAAUGA